UGGCAUUUCCGUGAUUCCGUUGAAUCUGUCUCACCGUAAUUCUCUGUCCUUACCAAGGGUAUUUCCGUAACUUAGUUAACAUAUUUUAAUCCAAGAAAUUUGCUAACCCUAUCCGCUUCUAUUCUCUUUCUUCCUUUAUUUUUAUUUUUAUCGUUCUUCUAUUCUCUCUCUUUUCUUUCUUCUCUUACCUGAACAUUCUCCUCCGUUUCUUCUCUGCUGCACUUUCCAAAUUUACCCUCCAAAGUGCCACAAAAUACCCAUCAUCUCCUUCCAGUUUUGUCCUUUCAGAUUCCAUCACCAGUCAAAGAUCCUCUUCACUCUGAUCAACAACCAAAAGGAGAAACAACAGCAAUUUUUCCCCACAUGCGAUGCGUAAUUAGAAAGAAAGAAGAAGAAAAAGAGAGGAGAAAGAAGAAGUAGAUUUCGUUGUCGAUGGAUUUGAUAGAAGGAGUUGGAGAGAGCUCAUCGCCGCCGAGAAGCUUCGGCAGUUUCAACAACUACGAUGUCAGAAACGACGUUUUCAAUCGCUUAGUUGAAACCGGCCACGAAGAAGCUAUAUCUAACCCUGACUUUCGCAGCCACUUAGAUUCUCACUUCAGUCGCUUGCCUGCGAGUUAUGGACUUGAUGUUAAUAUGGAUAGAGUGGAAGAUGUUUUGUUACAUCAGAAACUACUUGCAUCGGCAAAGGAUCCGGAGAAGCGGCCGGUUUAUCAUAUCCGCUUCUUGGAGAACCUUUGCACCAAAGCAGAUGCUAAUGAUGAUCAACAAUGUGUAAAUUCUUUUUCUGCCCAAAGGCCUUUUGAUGAUGGAGAUAGUGAAAAGGUUGAGCCAUCACAUAAAAGUAGGAGCAGGGAUCAUCCAGUUGACUUUGAACCUUGCUCUAAGCUUGAGGACCUAAAUUUGGAUGUCAGAAAGAAUUCCAAGAUUGUAGAGGAUAGGUAUGGCAUGGAGAACUUUUCAACAAGGCAAGAGAUUGCACAUAUUCCAAUUCAUGAAGUGAUAUUUUCUACCACUGACCGUCCAAAACUGCUUAGCCAGCUUUCUGCCUUGCUUUCAGAUAUAGGACUUAACAUUCGUGAAGCACACGUGUUCUCAACAACUGAUGGCUACUCUUUGGAUGUGUUUGUGGUAGAUGGAUGGCCUGUUGAGGAUACAGAUGGUUUAUAUAAAGCUAUGGAAAAAGCAGUUACUAGAUGCAAGGGGUCAUUGUCUGGAUCUUUGCAUUCUAAUUCAGCCAUGGAUGAUGCAUCAGCAACACAAGAAAAAUCCGGAGAUUGGGAGGUCGAUAGAAGACUUCUGAAGAUUGGAGAAAGAAUUGCAUCUGGAUCUUGUGGAGAUCUGUAUCAUGGUAUCUACCUUGGGCAAGACGUUGCUGUCAAGAUUCUUAGAUCUGAGCAUUUGAAUGAUGCUCUGGAAUACGAGUUUGCUCAAGAGGUGGCAAUUCUACAAGAGGUCCAGCAUAAAAAUGUUGUUGGUUUUAUUGGUGCAUGUACAAAGUCUCCACAUUUGUGCAUAGUAACAGAAUAUAUGCCCGGGGGAAGCCUGUAUGAUUAUUUGCACAAGAAUCAUAAUGUCUUGAAACUCUCUCAGCUGCUAAAGUUUGCUAUUGAUGUCUGCAAAGGAAUGGAGUAUUUGCAUCAAAACCACAUAAUUCAUCGGGACCUGAAGACUGCAAAUUUGCUAAUGGAUACAGACAGUGUUGUUAAGGUUGCAGAUUUUGGUGUUGCUCGGUUCCAGAACCAAGGAGGAGUAAUGACAGCUGAGACUGGGACAUAUAGAUGGAUGGCACCUGAGGUCAUAAACCAUCAGCCAUAUGAUCAGAAAGCAGAUGUAUUCAGCUUUGCUAUUGUAUUGUGGGAGCUAGUGACAGCCAAGGUCCCGUAUGAUACCAUGACUCCAUUGCAAGCUGCCUUGGGAGUGAGACAGGGCCUGCGUCCAGAUCUUCCUGAGAAUGCACAUCCAAAACUCUUAGACUUGAUGCAGAGAUGUUGGGAAGCAGAUCCUGACAAGCGGCCUUCCUUCUCAGAGAUAACAGCUGAGCUUGAAACACUUUUUGAAGAAGUUAAGGAAGAAGCAGUGAAUGGGAACUGAAGAUUUUGAUUAUCUAAGUAGCUUGAUUGACACAUUUGAAGAUUUCUUUUCAUCAGAUAGUUAUAGAGGUCUUAUAUUAUAGAAUUGAGGGAAAUGGAAUUUCACUAAAGGGCUAUUGCUUAUACUACAGGUAUGAAAGGGACAAAGAAAAUGCUGAUUUGUAAAUUUUUGUUUUCUAGCACUUGACUACGGUGUAAUAGGAAAAUGCUUGGAGAAAAUAUGAUACCAAAUUUGCAAGGUAAACACUGGUAUUGGUAUUAUACGGUUGUGUGAAUGAGAAAACAUGGGGUUGGAGGGCAAAACAAUCAAGAGCUAAGAAUUUGGGUAAACAGAAGGGCGAAAUUGUGGCGGAUAGUAUUUUGUUGCCGCCUAUUGUUGGGGAGAACAGGAAAAACAUCAUUCAGGCUAUGCUCAAACAACUAAGCAGAAGAUUCCGUGAAAAGGGCAGGAAACUCUCCUACACACAAGACUUUGAUUUCUCAAUAGGCAAUUCAACAUGGGGUUUUUUUUUUUUUUUUGUUGGUUGUUCAUAAACAAUUGUUUUGGAUCCUGAGAGGAGAAAACUUUCAAAAUUAGAACCUUCAUUGCAGUAGUAGGGGCUAAUGAUACCUCAAUCAACCACACAAUAAUUAAAGCCAAUAACUUGGAUGAAAAUGUCACGGCGAACCUAUCGCCAGUUGGGGGACCCAUGUUGUCUGGAUUCAAUGGUCACAUACAAAAUGUGCCAUGUCACAAUUUUGAAAUCAUCAUUAACAAAGAAGUAUUAGCUGGAGCAAUAAAAAAGAGUAGAAUGAAAUGUUUAUUUAUGCUUGAUGCGAUGGGCAUUUUGCCUGUCUAAAAUUGACAAUUAGCUGGAGAAUCUCAAGGAGUACUCCUGCAAUUGGGCCAGAGCAAGUAUACUGGUUGUAAGCACAGCUUAAUUUAAAGUCAAUUUGAUGGUGAGCUUGUCCAUUGGUUGGGCAGGACCGGGUCAAAUCCUUUUGAAGAUCCUAUCCGAGUGUUUUGC